UUUAUGGACUAUAUAUCAGAGGAUGCAAUGUAGCAUAUGCCAAAAAAACCUCAAAAUGCAUAUAUGAUAUAUAGAGGUGAAGUUUAUGAUGAAGUAAAAAAGAAAAAUUAAGAGAAAAGCAUGACUGAAUUAACUUAAGUUAUUUCCUAAAUGUGGAAUGAUUUAGAUAAAAAAAAAAAAGAGGUAGUAUAUUAUUUAUAUUUAGAAAUACGAAAAUGAAAAAGAGAAAGCCUAAAAUUAAUAUAAAAAAGAUUAUGAGGCUUGGCUCAAAAAAUAUAAAUUAGAUGAAGAAAAAGUUAAAACUUGCUUGAAGGAAUUAAAAUAAGAAAAGAAAAAGCACAAAAAAGGAUCAAAAAAAGUCACUAAGGCUUCUAAAGAUGAUGAGGAAAGUGAAGAUGAAGAUGAAUAAAGAAUUUAAUAAAUUAAAAAUAAAAAUUAAAAGAAGGAAUAAAAAGAAACUAAGGAAAAAGAAAAAGAAAAAGAAAAGGAAAAGGAAAAAGAAAAAGAAAAAUAAAAACAAAAUUAGAAAGAAAAAGAAAAGGAUUAAAAGGGAAAUAAAAAAAAAUGA